UGAGGAACAGAUAAAUCCUUGGGAUGACGUUUGAAACGUCAGACGCGCUCGUUCACUCGAGAACUAAAACGGUUGUCGAUGCUUUUCAUGUGAAACACCACCAACUGAACGACCGUUUUACGAAAGCAAGACGAAUAUGAAUUUUCCGCGUGUGCGCAAAUUGUAUUUUAAAAUGUAAAAAGAAAGCUGCAAACAUGGUUUUAACCUUAAAAUAAUCAAAUAGCCACCUAAAAACGCAGCAUUGGAACCGCCAAAAUAUUGAAAAGGUUUACAAUUACUUAACAAAUAAAGUGACUUUUGUGUUAUAAUCAGUGUAAGGAAAAAAGUAAAAAAAAAUUAAACCAUUUCACGCGCCGGUAUUUCAACUAAUUAUGCAUUUUAAAAUUUAGUUUAAACCUUCAUCGACUUAUUGGCCAUUUGGUAAGUUACGGUAGGACGUACACGAUCGUACCUAGCAUUACUUCUUGUAAUUAUUAUAAUAAAAUAAUUGUUUUAAAAUUGCUAAUACAAUCGUUGCCAGCGCUCAUAAGGGUUACGCUAUGUGAAAUUUAAAGUUUUGCCUUGUCAACCAGCUUUCCUUGUGUUAGAGGGGGUAGAAAUACAUGUAUUUGUGGGUGUAAGCGUUUGAAUGUAGUGGGAAGGCAGCAAUAAUGAUGGUGGCAGAUGUCCGCCAUAUUGGCGAGCAUCUUACUUUUGGUUCGAUGUGUACGUUAUUGCCAUUCGUGAACGAGGCUUUCUGCACAAAUAUAAAGUAGCAAAAAUGUUAAAAUAGUGAAAAAAUGGCCGAGCGCAACUUUAAAGUUGGUCAAAAAGUUCAAAUUGUGGGUAAAAAUCUAUGUGGGCAAGUGGCGUACGUGGGCUCGACUAGCUUCUCACCUGGAAAGUGGAUAGGCGUGGUGCUGGACGAAAAGGACAAAGGAAAAAAUAAUGGCAGUGUCAGGGGCAUCACCUACUUCAAAUGUGCACCGAAUUGUGGACUCUUUGUGCGGCCAGCACAAGUAAAUUUAGUGUUAGCUAAGGAAACCGAAGAAAUGGCAGAGUCAUCAGUACCACAAGAGGCUAGGCAAGGCAGCGGUAUGAAAUCGCACAACAGUGAGAAAAUUUCCACAGCAGCACCAGUGGCAAAUACUGCAGCGCUUAAUCAAAAACCACCAAACGGUGGCACUUCUAUCGUUAAGGCACCCUCAGACCAGCCUUUAUUGCAAAGCUCAGCUAACGGCAGCACAGCAGGCACUUCAAAUGGCAGUAUGCUGAAAGCAACCAAAAUCAAUAAGCCUUUGCAGGCAAAUCGGCGUAUUGUCUCUUCCAACACCCAGCUGGAGUUGUCGUUUUCAAGCACAACAGUGUCUGUAGCUGCACCUAAACGCAGUAAAACUACAGUCAGCCCUUCGGAAUCCUUUUCUUGUGCUCGUCAGCGUUCUGCGUUUGUGGAAACGGGUUUCCUGGAGAUACUUCAUACGCAAUUCACUCCAGGCCACCCACUACGUUCCCCGACUGUGUUCAGCAUCCACAGUGGUCUGGCCAGUGGUGUCGCAAUCAGUCCAACAGAGCAACUGCUUCAACAGAAACAAUUACAACAAAGAUGCAAGGACUUAGAGACGCGUAAUGGGGAGCUAAGUGCAGAGCUGGAAGAUUUAAAAAGUCAGCGCGCGGAGGACAAAAGGCGUUUGCAUGAGUUGGAAAGGGUCCGCUUGCAAAAGGACCAGUUAAGUGAGUUCAAAACACAGAUUAUGGAGCAGCAUAGCUUGGUGCAACGAGAAUUACAACGCUGUCGGCAAGAGCUGAGGGAAGCCAAUGACUGCAAAACUAAAUAUAAGCGUGAACUAGACGAGGUAGCCGAAAGUAUUGAACUACUAACACUGGACAAAGAAAUGGCGGAAGAACGUGCAGAAACAUUGCAAAUAGAGUUGGAAACGGCAAAUGAGCGCAAUGAAGAGCUCAGUCUCGACGUCGAAAUUUUGAGAGCUGAAAUUGAAAAUUCUACAUCAACCCUGCUUGGCGACCGCCCAGAUAAUGAGUUGAAAGACGAACUUAUACAACCAACAGCUGCGGAAAUUAGGCGGCUUGAGCAGUAUAACCAACGACUGCGAGAAACCGUUGUUCGGCUGCGCGAUGUGUUGACAAACGAAAAGCAAGAUCUACAAAAGACCCACAAGGAACUAGAAACAAAAUCUUCUGAAAUUUCCGAACUAAAAAAAACAAAGGAAAUACUUUCAAGGCGCAUUGAUGUCAUGGAAAUGCAUAUUAUAGAACUAAAAGAACAAGUCGACGCAGCACUGGGCGCAGAAUCAAUGGUUUCAUCCCUGGUAGAGGCCAAGAUCGAUUUGGAGGAACGUGUGAAGUUAUUGGAAGAAGAAGUUAUGGAGCUAGAAGCGCUGGAGGAGAUCCAUGAACAAAUAAUCGAAGGCAAUCAGGAAUUGGAAAUGGAUUUGAGGGAAGAAAUCGAUGCCCUCAAUUCAACUAUAAAAAUGUUACAGCAGGAGAAGAACAAUACACUGGAAGAGAUAUACGACCGCGAAGUGACUAUUACGAAAUUCCGAGAUCUCGUCAAAACAUUGAAUAAUAACGUGCUGCUAAAAGAUCAGCCCACAAAUGCUUUGGGCGCAGGUACGGGCACAUCCACUUCAGAUGAUCUCAGUACUCUCUCAAAUCCGGACGAAACACAGAGUAUCGACUUUAAUCAAAUGUUUUAUUUAACAAAGGCUUUCAAACGAGCUAUCGAUUUGCAGUUGAAUGAAAUUGAAUUAAAACUAUGCAAGGCUCACGUUGACCACCUUUUGGCGUUCGUGCCUGAGGAUAUCCUACUUCGGGGCAGCGAGCAUGACAUCAUAUUAGUGCUACUACUGCUGCAGCGUAUGUACGAAAAGUUGGAAAUAAUUUGCCACACGAUCGAUGAAAAGUUUUCAACCUCGUGUGAAUUCGCUAAAAACGCAAUAUUUGAGGGAUUUUCCGUGCACCGGUUCGCCUUUCGUUGCAAAUGUCUUUUUGUGUUGCGAAGUCUUAAAUUGGUGAUAAAACAGCUAAUAUUUGGGUUAAAUCAUUGCGAUUACGAGGUAUGCACGCAUGCAGCUAUUUAUCGAGGAGAAAUGGAGUCGCAAGAGAAGUCUAUCGACGAGUUGAUUAAUCGCUUGAAAGGCGAUAUGCUUGACGAAAACACACCAAUGGAAACAGUUGAGCGCACUCUAUCGUUUUUCAGUGCACUGUACACGAAUCUUAUUUGCUCGCAUAACAUCGCUGAAUUGGCUGAUGAGCAUCAGCUUUACGUGAUGUUGGUGGAAGUACUCGAAGUAUGCUUGGACUGCAUCAAUACGAAUGCUGGAAUACUGCACACUUUAAUACAGUUGGGCGAUGAAAACACGGAGUCCUUCUGGGCCAUGCAGUUUCUGAUGGAAAACGUGACCCAAUUCAAGCUUAAGCUGAGGAAGCUACAGCGCAAGCUUCCUUCUACUCCGGUUGACAUUUCUGGCAUGCAAAAGCCGCAGACUGAGCGUAUACAACGCAUUCUGUGCACCAACGAUCAGUUCGGGCGUUUUAUUAAUAUUUUAACAGCAACGACAAAGGAUGCAACCAAGGACAUAGCUGCAUCCUCUUUCGCCAACAAAGAAGACUUUCCGUGCGAUGGAGCAAUCGAGCAUAAAAAGCUUUGGAAAAUCAUUACAGCGAACUGUUCGAAAUCCGCCGCCGAAGAAAAGGGGACGACUCCAGUCGCUCUAUUCCAUCAGUGCAUUCAGGUAUUGGACGAACAAAUAAAUGAUCUCUCCAACUUCAUCUCGGAAAACGAAUCUGUGCGCAGUGCAAAUAAAAACACAAUGUUUGUACGCUCCUCGGCCACCACUCUGUUACUGCGAUCAAUGCAAUUUAAACAACAUUCUGAUGACAUAAAAACGUUGAAGCACAUAUUAGUUGAACGUGAUAAAGAAAUCAAAACGCAGAAGUACUUGGCGAAGAUUAAGCAGAAUGAAUUCUCUGAAAUGCAAGUACGCAAGGAGAUUGCAGAGCAUAACUUGUCAAAGGCUCAACGCAAUCAGGAGGAGACUCUGACCAAAAUCAUCGAGCAAAUUGAAAAUUUAGAUAAAAGUAUGUGCCAUCGUGAAAAUGUUGUCGGACAGUCAUUAAAUAAUUUGCAGGAGAAAAUUUCAACAAUGGAACUGAACUAUGCGCGUCUUGAACAAAAUCUUGUCUCCCGCAAGCAGGUAAUCAAUCUGACUGCAGAUGAAAGCUAUCGCGAAAUUGAUACCCUCAACAAAUGCUUACGUUACGAAAGAGCAGAACGAAUCAAACUUCACAUCAAUGAAAUGAAGAUGCGCAUGCGCAGUUUUGAUCCUCUACACGUGCCACAAAAUAAACAGGUUCCAAAUGUAGCAGAACUAAGACUCACCAACGAGUUGCGAAUGCUGAAAAAUCAAUGGAUACUUUCACAUAUCAAAUUAAAACCAAAUGUUGAAACCGAGCGAUGCGCCCUCAAACGUAAAUCAAAUGAACUACUCCAACGAGCCUUGAGCACAUACUUCCUGACCCAUCCGCACCGCAGCACACCCAGCCAUUUUGGCUCUUUCGGCUCGAAGGACUUAAAUCAAAUAUUCAAUUGAAAGCUUUAAUAAUAGAAACAGUCGAUUUGUUUUUAUUUGCUUUAACAAAAGAAAAAAAACAUGCAUAAAUAUAGUUAUGCAGUUUAGAUACAAAUACGCAUUCACUGGUGGCAGAAAUAAUAGAAAGACCUUAAGUAUUUUGACCAGUUUUGGUGAUAAACAUUUCCUUUGUCGAUUAAAUGUUUAAUAUAUAAAAAAGAUUUAGCUCAUUAUAUAAUUAACUGCAUAUAAAUACAAAAAUUAUAAAAAUUCAA